AUGAUAGUGCUCAUUUUCUUGGCUGUGGGCCUAAGCUUGGAAAAUGAAUACACUUCCCAAAGCAAUAAUUGCACAUAUUUAAGAGAGCAAUGCUUACAUGACGCAAACGGAUGUAAGCAUGCUUGGAGAGUAAUGGAAGAUGCCUGCAGUGAUUCAGAUCCAGGUGACACCUGCAAGAUGAGGAAUUCAUCAUACUGUAACCUGAGUAUCCAGUACUUAGUGGAAAGCAAUUUCCAAUUUAAAGAGUGUCUCUGCACUGGCGACUUCUCUUGUACUGUGAACAAACUGCUUGGAAAAAAAUGUAUCAAUAAAUCAGAUAACAUGAAAGAGGAUAAAUUCAAAUGGAAUCUAACUACACCUUCCCAUCAUGGAUUCAGAAGGAUAUGGUCCUGUUUGGAAGUGGCAGAGGCAUGUGUAGGGGAUGUGGUCUGUAAUGCACAGUUGGCCUCUUACCUUAAAGCUUGCUCAGCAAAUGGAAAUCUGUGUGAUGUGAAACAUUGCCAAGCAGCCAUACGGUUCUUCUAUCAAAAUAUACCUUUUAACAUCGCCCAGAUGUUGGCUUUUUGUGACUGUACUCAGUCUGAUAUACCUUGUCAGCAGUCCAAAGAAGCUCUUCACAGCAAGCCAUGUGCAAUGAACAUGGUUCCACCCCCUACUUGCCUCAGUGUAAUUCACAGCUGUCAAAAUGAUGAAUUAUGCAGAAGGCACUAUAGAACAUUUCAGUCAAAAUGCUGGCAGCGUGUGACUAGAAAGUGCCAUGAAGAUGAGAAUUGCAUUAGUGCCUUGAGCAAACAGGACCUCACUUGUUCAGGAAAUGAUGACUGCAAAGCUGCUUACAUAGAUAUCCUUGGGACAAUCCUUCAAGUGCAAUGUACCUGUAGGGCCAUUACACCAAAUGAGGAAUCUGUGUGCAAGAUUUUCCAGCACAUGCUUCAUAGAAAAUCGUGUUUCAAUUAUCCAAUCUUGUCUAAUGUCAAAGGCAUGACAUUGUAUACAAGAAAACAUGGAAAGAAAAUAACUUUAACUGGAUUUCAUUCCCCCUUCAAUGGAGAAGUAAUCUAUGCUGCCAUGUGCAUGACAGUCACCUGUGGAAUCCUUCUCUUGGUUAUGGUCAAGCUUAGAACUUCCAGAGUAUCGAAUAAAACAAGAGAUCCUUCACCGAUCCAAAUACCUGGAGAACUCUGA